AUGGCGACUCUCAUUGACCUGAUUGGAGCGGUGGACAACUUGGGAGAGGAGCCGCCAGUACUCAACCGACGAGCAGCGAUAUUGGGUAUCACGAUAUCAUUUCAGAUUCUCACGUUGAUAUGCGUCAUCUUCAGGUUAUACACGCGCUUUUUUAUCAUGCGGUCUCCGUGGUGGGAUGAUCUGUUUGUGGCGCUGAGCUUGGUCUCCGUGAUGAUUGGAAGCAUAGCCAUGUGUGUUAUGACCACUACGGGCAUGGGCCAACACCUAUUGCUCUUGUCCGCGCAUGAGUUUUCGGGAUACUUGCGUGCUUUUUGGAUAGCUAAUGCGACAUACCCUGGCUCGACCGCCUUUAUCAAGCUGGCACUGCUCUUCCAAUACCUGCGAAUAUAUGAUAAAGGGUCAAAAUUCUACAUAGCCACAAUCGCCACGAUCGUCUUCACAAGUCUCUGGGGCCUAUCCUAUAGCAUCAUUGGUUGGGUCCCAACGGUGCCUGUCGCUGGGUUUUGGAAUCUGGAGAUGCCUGCCACGCGAUACGGAUAUGGAAGUUUAGGAGUUCAGGCUUUCGUAGGGACAUACGAGAGCCAUGCCGCGAUCAACAUGCUUCUCGAUGCUGUCGUUCUUGCUAUUGCGGUACCCAUGUUUUUCAAGCAGGGUAUGAGGAAGAAUUCCUAUUGGGGGCUCUUGGGGUUCGUUAACAUGCUUUCUAUCUGGCGACUACAAAGUAUUGUCGAGACGCGUGCCGCGACAUACCCUACCUUUGAUCCGACUUUUUAUGGCACCACACCAAUAGUACUUUCGGCAAUUGAGGUUGAUCUAGCCGCCGUUUGUGCAUCUCUCCCGGUCUUCUGGCCCGUCAUUGAGAAGAGCAUCGGAUCGGUCAUUAUUGUCACCCACGAGGUGAAGAUCACGCGCGAACAACGACCGGGCGGCGAUGGAAGCACGCAAGCCGGCAAUGACAAUGUGGAGCUGCGCCGACAGCAUUCGGAAGAAGUGUUGUUGGAGGACGGCGACGCCUUACCAAUACAGACGAAUAGGUUCUCAUUUGGGAGUGGUGACUACUACCGAAACUCUUUUACUUCUAAGCAGCAAAAGGGUACAGUUGCGCCAUUAGGGAGGGUCACGUCAACACGGGUGCAGUGCAAGGCCACCGACGAAAGUGUUUCAUGA